AUGGCUCCAUUCUCUGGAAUACUGCUCCUCGUCGUAUACCUUCUCCCGACUGCAUUCACUUUCACAACUUCCAAUCACAAGUUGCCACCCCUGCCUCUGAAGCCUUUGAAAAGCACUGCUGAUAUCCGCUAUUCACACUUUGACGUACCGCCUGAUAGUUUGAGUUUCAGGUUCUCCACUUAUUUAACGUUUCAAAGCAGCUGUGAACCAGCUAAUCUCACAUUAUUUUUGAGGCCUCAUUCUUUACCCGUCGUAGCCCCUGAUCCUGUGGCCGUGCCUCCGGGUGUGCUGAUUCUUCCUGACGCCUACAUGGUCAAUGUUGAUGUACAUACUGCUCGACCGAUUGCAUCCAAUGUCCACAUAGACACCGAGUCUUUGUAUGAUAUCACUUACUCCCGCAAAGACCAGUCAGUUUCUGUAGACGUUAAGCUCUACUGUCCAGCGGCAGGAAUGUGGUUCCUUGGUGUGUUCUUUUUAGACAGAGCUAGCGAACCCAAAUGUUCGUCUUGGAUGUUUCCUGCAGUCUCCUUUAACGUGGUGACCAACAUAGACGCAAUCGUUCUACUUUCGCCUACGGUUACCAAACCUGACGCAGACUACCAGCGUCCGCUAACUGUACCAAAGGGAAUUCCAGCACAUGACUCCGUCAGGUCCUCGGUCCCUGUUUUCCGUUCAUUAGUAUCUGCCCCACCAAAAUCUUCACUUCUUCACAAUAAAAGCGAUUUUUACGCGCAGAGUGCUACUGAUAAACGCGCAGACCUCUUUAACACGAGUAUAUUUUCUCCGGAGGACUCCAGCUCUACUGUGGCUGAUGAACCAUUGGUAAAGGAAUUCAACGAUGAAGCGCGGAUUUCGAUCUUGUUGGAGCCAUCCGAGGGACGGUUGUUCAGAAUUCUACUUCUUCCGGGAACUACCGAUGUGGACUUCAUAAUUGAUGAGUGCAUAUUCUUUCCGCCAACGGCACCCCGCCCUCAACACAUUCACCCAACUCUUAGCACUGCAACCACUGAUCAAACCGAGGAAGCCCCUAUUUGCCCUAUUUUGGUUGACGCUGGUCGCGGUGUGUUACCGAAGGGAUUCGGUAGCGAAGCCCGUUUAUCUGAGGGCACGAACAAUACUCUCAAAAACACUACCCACUCAGCUUUACCUUUGCCUAACUUGAGACUGGGGAAAACGUACCGACUUGAUAGUCUGCAUGAUUCUUCGACCGUCCAUUACGUUUACCUAAGAAAUCUGAACCACAAUCAGUUGAUGACGCUUCAGGUGUCUUUCAGCCCCAUAUUCGGUUGUCCUUUAUCAAGCCCACCAGAAGGCACCUCAUCUUUUGAGUAUCCUCCACACUACAAGAACAGGCAAGUGUCUGGUGAUGAUGAAUCAUUGCGCGCAUCCGGAGCUCCCACCGGUGAAAAUGCGUCCUCUGAAUCUGUGACAUCUAUCACCUCACUACUCCCGUGGCUCGAUCCCUCCUGGUCCAACCUGACGUUAUCAAAAGCGAGAUCGUUCGCAGACAAUCACUCCGUACCCGAUGUGUUUGUUGACCUCUCGGAGCCUCACAGCCAUGCAUUGGAUCGGUGCUUUACUCUAAGUAGCCCUACACGGGUGUCAGGGCCUCAGGCUUUCGUCUAUCACUUCAUUUAUCAGCCCGAACUCAACCAAUCCAGGAAUGUGUUACAUAUCUCACCGUGGCAGGUGAUGGUUAUUCCCAUUCAGCUAGACUCCAAACUUGACACUGGAGGGAGUCUGGAGAUUAGUCUGCAGUUAGAUGCCCUCGAUCCGACCGUUGGGCCAAAUGGAACGAAUUCGAAGAUCUAUCAUCUCUGCGAUGCGGACGCAGCGAAACCGCCGUUUCGCUUGAAGACUCCGGAAACUGGUGAAGAUACCUUGUCUACUGAUCGCUAUUCGCUUUCAAAUAUCUCUGGAUGCCAUAGUGAAGCUGUGGAGCGUCCCACAACUUUUACCUCUCAGUCUACCUCACCAGCAUGCCUGUUGCCGAUAAACGUGCUGUCACUCUGCGAUUUCUUUGGAGGCUUUUUCUCCCUAUGGGUCACUAUCAUUGCUGCAUGCGCCAUGCCCGCACAACAUGCACAGUUGGCCUAUGUGCUAUUUGUACUCGUUUUGACUGUCACCUUGCAGGUGGCUCGCCAUUCGGUUGCUCAAUUCGUGACACCCUGUGCCCUGGGUGUAACAUUGUUAGUUAUCUCUUGGAUUGUGCGUUCCCGUCAGACAGGCCAUUUGUUUCCCCCGAUACAGUGGUGGAUUUUGAGUUUCUCUCCAGCCCUACUGUGCGCGCUAUUCGCUGUUGCUCUGUUUACAUCCCCUAUGCUGAAACGAGACUACACUCGGUCGCACAGCCUAUGGCACAUCCUCUUGGGAUGCUCGCUGAUCGGAAUGUUGCCUUGGCCGGACCGAUGGCGCGUCGCCCUGAUCCCUGCUGUUCCCCGGUACCUUCCCCUCUCUUGUGGUGGCACGGUGAAAUUGCAGUUCGAUAGGAAGAACUCAGUGUCCAUCGCUGCUUCUCAAACUGAAACUGUUAGCCAGUUGGAAGGAUGCUUUGACGUCUUUGCCAAUGGGCCAGUAUUGUCACCAACAAAUUGUGAUUCCAGUGCUCCGCAAAUACCAGAUGAAAAUAUUCGCGAAUGCACCUUGAAAUCAGCUCAUUUCAUGCAGAAGUUUGUUACCACUUGCAAGCCCACUACAGCCUGUUUGCGCCAUGCAUGUUUACGCUGUUGGUGGAAAUACAGGCUUGUUUGCGUCAAAUGGGACACGGCUCUAGAGCUGAAGCCGUUACUGGACCAACUAGUUCGGAGAUGGCCAAAGCUUACAUGGCUUCUCCCAUAUGGUUACACUCAUGAGCCUUCAAAGCAUGACUCUGAAUGCGCAGUUUUCUGUGUGACUGGAAUCCAGCAGACGUUAGAGUCGAAGGAGCAGAUCAGCGUCCCAAAUUUAAACCAUAUCAGGUGUCCCGGGAAAACGAGUCCAACUGCCCAAACAUUGUGAUCUGUGGAUCCGUUUAGCCGACUUGUGGAUUCGUCCCUUCCUAUUUCUCAGCUACAAAACAUCAAUCCUUUAUUAAUAUCCAAAUAGUAACCUUUUUGCCAAGCUUUUCAUCC